CUUCAUAUUUAGUCCUUCCAAUGAAUAAUCAGGAUUGAUUUCCUUUAGGAUUGACUGGUUUGAUCUCCUUGCUAUCCAAGGGACUCUCAAGAGUCUUCUCUAGGAGCGUGCGCCGCGAUGGCCCCGGCGGAGCAGGGCUGAGCCCGCUGCCCGCAGCCCCCGGCCCUCUCCGGCUCAGCCAUGGCGAAACAGUACGAUGUGCUGUUCCGGCUGCUCCUGAUCAGGGACUCUGGGGUGGGCAAGACCUGCCUGCUGUGCCGCUUCACCGACAACGAGUUCCACUCCUCGCACAUCUCCACCAUUGGUGUCGACUUUAAGAUGAAGACUAUAGAGGUAGAUGGCAUCAAAGUGCUGAUACAGAUUUGCGACACGGCAGGGCAGGAGAGAUAUCAGACCAUCACAAAGCAGUACUAUCGACGGGCCCAGGGAAUAUUUUUAGUCUAUGACAUUAGCAGCGAGCGCUCUUACCAGCACAUCAUGAAGUGGGUCAGUGAUGUGGACCAGUACGCACCAGAAGGUGUCCAGAAGAUACUUAUAGGGAAUAAGGCCGAUGAAGAGCAGAAACGGCAGGUGGGAAGAGAACAAGGGCAGCAGCUGGCUAGAGAGUAUGGCAUGGACUUCUACGAAACAAGUGCCUGCACCAACCUCAACAUUAAAGAGUCCUUCACGCACCUGACCCUGACGGAGCUGGUGCUGCAAGCCCACAGGAAGGAGCUGGAAGGUCUGCAGACACUUGCUAACCACGAGUUGGCCUUGGCGGAGCUGGAGGAGGAUGAAGGCAAACCCGAGGGCCCGGCAAACUCUUCAAAAACCUGCUGGUGCUGAGCAUCCUGCGUGGAGCACUCCCGCACAGCCCCACUCUCCCCGCAGGAGGCCUGCGGGCACAGGGAGCCUGGGCCUCGCCCCGCUGCCCCUCUCCUUCAGGUGACCCUGCGGCAUGUUGGCCGCUGCUCCUCCUCCCCUGCCUGGCCCCGGGGAGCAGCCUCCACCUGGGGGGGCCCCACCAGCCUGUGUCCCCAGCCACAGGCCUGCUGCGAGCCCCUCGAUGUGUGACGAGCACAUCUUCACUGCCUGGAGCUCCCAGGCGAUGCCGAAGUCUGGAGUCAAGGCCACUGUAGGCUCCUUGUCUCUCGGUGCGUCUGGUCUCCUCUCCGCUGUUUCUCGCUUCUUCCCACUUCUCUGUCCCUUCUGCUCGGCUGUACUCGUAUGGAAGCCCUCACCUCCCUGUGCCCACGUGUCACUGCUGGGGCAGCGCCUUCCCCUUCCUCCUCACUCAGGCCCAGGACUGCACUCCCCCUGCUCAGCUCCCGGGAGAAGCCUCACCUGCAGCCCCCGGAGCUGCUUCCAUCUCCCCCCGCCACCACCCGCCCCUUCUUGUGCCACGGGCCUGCCUCCUGGGUGACCAGGCAGAGAAGAACACAGGGGAGGAAGGAAAGCCCUAACUGGUGGUCCCCACAUCUGGGCCUCUCCUCCCUCCCACCCCAGUCUACCCCACGCUUGGCUGCCUGCCCACCUGCCUCUUGGGGGACCUGAGCUUGGAGACAGGUGCUUCAGAGAAGAAAGAAAAAAAAUGAUGAGGGGUGGCAGGGAUAAAAAGUCACCUCCAUUCUCUACCUCCCAUACCCCCUGGGCUCCUGAAUUUCAAGAUGUGGAUCAAGGCCUGUGGACACUGCAGGGGUGAGGAGAGCCCCCCCUACCCCAGAGCCAGCCACAUACUGCAGGAAGGGGAGUGUUUGGAAGAGAAGGGCCAGCUCCUGCAAGUUAAGAGCUGGGACAGUUUGCAAACCAGUUUGCAAACCAGAGGGGAAUUGGGCAACAGCAGGGAUUCCGGGGCCCCAUCUUCCAUUUCUUAUGUAAGAAGGGCAUUUCCCCAACACCCCCUGGCAGGUGACAGGGGACAGAACCAGGCUGGUGGUCUUUCAUUGAGCCCAGCCUUCAGCUCUUAAGGUUCUCCCGAGACCCAGAGUCUGUGGGAGGAGGGCGGGAGCGCGUGGGCAGGAGGCAGGCGAGCCCUGGGUGGGAAUGCGUGGUGCUGUCCCUUCAGCCUUCAGGACCAAGUGCUCAUCUUGUCCCUCGAGCUCCUGAGUCAGAGGCUCGUGGGUGUGCCAACUGCCCUGUGGCAACAGGUAGGGGGAAGCCGAUUCCCUCCUCCAGGGCCCUUUGUUUCAGAAAGAAGUUUCUUUUAACUCCAUACAGUACAGAGUAGUUUGCAGGAGGCCCUUUGAGGGGGAAAACAUGUCAGUUAGCAGCCCUAGGAGGGUUCUUCCCGCCCUUCCCACGAUGGGAGAAGCCUCGGGAGGAGGCUUGGUCGUAAGCUGUGAGACAUGGCUGGUGCUGGAGCAAAAACAAAGAACUAGGCGUUGCACAUUCACCAGUUGUUAAUAACUAAAGUCCAGGACACACGUGUGUGAAGGAUUAAUAGCCCCACUGACUCCUCUGGAAAAAAUGGUGAGGGAUGAAAUCGCCAAACCUUCCCUCCUAACUCUUAAUACAUCAGGAGAGGGCAGCUCAGGAUGUAGGGACUUGGGACAGGUUAUAUGGAAGGAAAAAGAAAGCCAGAGUAAUUGUCGGCUGAUGAGAAACGUAAAGAGCUGACUCUCUAGGAUGAAGUCGUGACCACAGCUGAGAAUGCUUCCUUGAGGACUUGUCUCCUCGAACGUCUAGACAUAGCACCAACUCUGGGGUGGGGGGUCGGCAGUGCCAGC